AUGGACACUUCAUCCAAAGAAAAUAUCCAGUUAUUCUGCAAAAGUUCAAUGCAACCUGUCGGGCGAUCUUCCUUUAAAACAGAAUAUUCUUCCUCAAAGGAGAAACAACGAUGCUGUGGUAAACUGAAGGUAUUUUUGGGUGCCUUGUCUUUCGUCUACUUUGCCAAAGCAUUGGCAGAAGGCUAUCUGAAGAGCACCAUCACUCAGAUAGAGAGAAGGUUUGAUAUCCCUUCUUCACUGGUGGGAGUUAUUGAUGGUAGUUUUGAAAUUGGGAAUCUCUUAGUUAUAACGUUUGUAAGCUACUUUGGAGCCAAACUUCACAGGCCAAAAAUAAUUGGAACAGGGUGCCUAAUCAUGGGAGUUGGAACAUUGCUCAUUGCAAUGCCUCAGUUCUUCAUGCAGCAGUACAAAUAUGAAAAAUAUUCUCCUUUCUCUAAUUCCACUCUCAGCCUCUCUCCAUGUCUUUUGGAGUCAGACAGUCAAUUACCUCUCUCGAUUAUAGAAAAAUCACAAUCCAAAAGGACUGAUGAAUGUGAAAUGGAUGCCGGCUCUUCCAUGUGGGUUUAUGUUUUCCUGGGGAACCUUCUUCGUGGAAUUGGGGAAACUCCUAUUCAGCCUCUAGGCAUUGCCUACCUUGAUGAUUUUGCCAGUGAAGACAAUUCUGCUUUCUAUAUUGGGUGUGUGCAGACGGUUGCAAUUAUAGGACCGAUCUUUGGCUUCCUGCUAGGCUCAUUAUGUGCCAAACUGUAUGUUGACAUUGGCUUUGUAAACCUAGAUCAUGUAACCAUUACUCCAAAGGAUCCCCAGUGGGUAGGAGCCUGGUGGCUGGGUUACCUAAUAGCAGGAAUUGUAAGUCUUCUUGCAGCUCUGCCUUUCUGGUGUUUACCAAAGAGUCUGCCGAGACCCCGAAGUAGAGAGGAUUCCAAUUCCUCCUCUGAAAAAUUCAAGUUUAUUAUGGAUGAUCAUACAGACUACCAAACACCCCUUGGAGAAAAGUCAAAAAUAAUGGAAAUGGCAAGAGAUUUUCUUCCAUCACUGAAGAAUCUCUUUGGAAAUCCACUGUACUUGUUAUAUUUGUGUGCCAGCACCGUUCAGUUCAAUUCUUUGUUCGGAAUGGUGACCUAUAAACCCAAGUACAUUGAGCAGCAGUAUGGGCAGUCAUCCUCUAAGGCCAACUUUGUUAUCGGGCUCAUCAACAUACCUGCAGUGGCCUUUGGAAUAUUCUCUGGGGGGAUAGUUAUGAAAAAAUUCAGAAUCAGUGUGUAUGGAGCUGCAAAACUCUACUUGGGAUCAUCUGUUCUUGGGUACCUCCUAUUCCUUUCCCUGUUUGCACUGGGCUGUGAAAAUUCUGAUGUGGCAGGACUAACUGUCUCCUACCAAGGAACCAAACCUGUCUCUUAUCAUGAACGAGCUCUCUUUUCAGAUUGCAACUCAAGAUGCAAAUGUUCAGAGACAAAAUGGGAACCUGUGUGUGGUGAAAAUGGAAUCACCUAUGCAUCGGCAUGUCUUGCUGGUUGUCAAACCUCCACCAGGAGUGGAAAAACUCUUAUAUUUUAUAACUGUACCUGUGUGGGGAUUGCAGCCUCAAAGUCAGGAAAUUCCUCAGGCAUGGUGGGCAGGUGUCAAAAAGAUAAUGGAUGUCCCAAAAUGUUUCUGUAUUUCCUUGUCAUUUCAGUCAUCACAUCCUAUACUUUAUCUCUAGGUGGCAUACCUGGAUACAUACUGCUUCUGAGGUGCAUUAAGCCACAAUUUAAGUCUUUUGCCCUGGGUAUCUACACCUUAGCAAUAAGAGUUCUUGCAGGAAUCCCAGCUCCCGUGUAUUUUGGAAUUUUGAUUGACACUUCAUGCCUCAAAUGGGGAUUUAAAAGAUGUGGACAUAGAGGCUCCUGCAGAUUAUAUGAUUCAAAUGCUUUCAGACACAUAUAUCUGGGACUAACUGUGAUGCUGGGCACAGUGUCCAUUUUCCUAAGUAUUGCAGUACUUUUCACUUUAAAGAAAAAUUGUGUUUCAAAACAUAGAAGCUUCAGAACCAAGACAGAAGGAACAAUGGUGUCUACAAGAAUCAGGAAGGAAAAUUGUACUACAAGUGAUCAUUUGCUACAACCCAACUACUGGCCAGGCAAGGAAACACAGCUUUAG